AUGUUGUUGUUUUCCAACUUUUGCCUCGCACUUCGAAAUUUUACAAAAUCACUUUGCUAUUUUCUUCGAGUUUUCUACUUCCACCAUUAAAGCUCAAGAAAAGGAAAGGUUAUAGCGAAAUAGAUAGAGAUAGAAGAGAGAGAAAGGACGAAGAAAGAGAGUUCCUUUAACUCUCUCUUCUUCCUCUGCAAAUCUGACAUAUUGAACCAAACCAAAAAAAGCCCUCUUUGAUUAGGGUUUUGUGUCAAGAUUCUGGAGAGAGCUUUUAGGUGAGUUUUGUGUAUCUCUGAUGUUGAUGUUAUUGAAAUUGGAACUCUUCUCCACUUAACUUGGAGUUGUUUUGUUUUUUGAUUGAGCUUUUGAGAUCUUGAAAAUUGAGAUCUUGGAGUUGUUUGUUUCUAAGUGACCUAAAUCUUACAAGAUGUCUUGGGUUCGAUUCACAAUUGAGCAAAAAGAUGGGAACUUUGCGUACCCACCACCGUUUUACAAAGACCCAAUUCUUUCUCCGCCGUCUCCUCCACCACCGUCGUCCGGUAACAGAAUCAGUCCGGCGGUUUUGUUUGUAAUUGUGAUUCUAGCUGUCUUGUUCUUCAUUUCUGGGCUUCUUCAUUUGCUCGUCAGGUUUCUUAUUAAGCAUCCUUCUGCUACUGCUUCUUCAAGGUCUAAUAGAUUCCCAGAGAUCUCAACUAGUGAUGCUCUUCAAAGACAGCUUCAACAGCUUUUUCAUUUGAAUGAUUCUGGUCUUGAUCAAGCUUUUAUCGAUGCUUUACCUGUUUUUCACUACAAGGAGAUUGUUGGUAGUGCUGGUGGUGGUGGUGGUAAUGGUGCUGCUCAAGAGCCGUUUGAUUGCGCGGUUUGUCUCUGUGAGUUCUCUGAGAAAGAUAAGCUGAGGUUGUUGCCAAUGUGUAGCCAUGCUUUUCAUUUGAACUGUAUUGAUACUUGGCUUCAGUCAAAUUCGACUUGUCCUCUUUGUCGUGGUACUCUCUUUUCCCCUGGUUUCUCAAUGGAGAACCCGAUGUUUGAUUUCGAUGAUAUAAGAGAAGACGAAGAGGGUGUGACCGAGAAUGGAAGUCAGAAAACUAUGGAGAUUCAAGAAAUCGUUGUGGAGAAAGGUGUUUUACCGGUUAGAUUGGGGAAAUUUAAGAGGCUUGACAAUGUUGGUAAUGGCCAAGGUCAGGAUGUUGUUGCCGGAGGAGAGACUAGUAGUAGUAAUUUGGAUGCAAGGAGAUGUUUCUCAAUGGGUUCGUAUCAGUAUAUACUCGGUAACUCGGAACUUAAAGUCCCGUUUGCCAACGACAGACUGCCGCGUUUGAAACCUCAGGACAAAGAAUCUGAGCAGACAGGGAAUUCAUCAUCAGAAGACAAUAAAAAGAUCAAUACUGUGGCUAAAGGAGAGAGCUUUUCGGUUUCGAAGAUUUGGUUGUGGCCUAAGAAAGAUAAGUUCUCUUCAGAUGCUCAAAGAAGGUUGCCUUCUUCAUCACUUAACGUUGAUGAUCUUCCGAAACUUCCAUGGAUGGAAGAACAUAAGAAGCUGGAGAACGACGGAAGGUAGUAUCUUUUGCUCAUUUUUCAACCAAAAUCAUCGAUACUUAGGGUUGUUACUGAUCAUAUUUUGGGGGGUUCGUAAUCAUAUGUUGUACCAUAUUGUUCAAAAGGGUUUAAUUCUUGAUAAGAACUUCAGUUGGAUUAUGCUUGUUAAUCAUAUGAGAUCAAAUUUAAUUAUGCAUGCUCAACAAAAAUGGAUUCCAAAAGACUGAUGCUUUAGCUUUAUUUUCAUUAUCUUUGUCUCUUUUUUCUUCACUUUGGGGUCACUGGUUCUCUUUAUUUUCUUCUUUUCCAUAUACUUUCCUUUACUCUCUCAACAAAUUCACUGUUAACUUUAUAAAUAUAAAUGUAUUUGUUAUAUACA